AUGAGACCAAGCAAGGAGCCUCUGUCCAACCUGCAGGACAAGGAGCCCCGUGGGAUCAUCCCCUUGGAGAACCUGAGCAUCCGGGAGGUGGAGGACUCCAAGAAGCCAAACUGCUUUGAGCUUUAUAUCCCCGACAAUAAAGACCAAGUGAUCAAGGCCUGUAAGACGGAGGCGGACGGGCGGGUGGUGGAAGGCAACCACACGGUCUACCGCAUCUCGGCCCCGACGCCCGAGGAGCAGGAGGAGUGGAUGAAGUGCAUCAAGGCGGCCAUCAGCAGGGACCCUUUCUACGAGAUGCUGGCUGCACGGAAGAAGAAGGUCUCGUCCACGAAGAGACACUGAGUC